AUAUAUACAUACAUACAUACAUCCAGCUCAUAGGAUAUUAUCUUCAAGAUUAAACCACAAUUAUAUUAAAUACCAUAAUAAUAAUGGAUGAACUAAUUAAGUUGACAGGAGGAAGUAGUACUGCUUAUGAAGAUGAGCUGGUGAAAGAACUCUUCGACGACGUUUCGCCGUUUUUCAUGCAGCCACAUCACCACUCACUAAUAAUGGAAUCAAAUUUUAUUCCUUCAACAUAUUCUCAGAUUCCGUCACCCGUUUAUUCCGGUCCGACCGUUGAAGAUAUUGAAACCGCUUUAUCGUACACAAACUACGGAAUCCAUAGCACUUUCCACCACGAAGCCGUAUCAGAAGCCGACAGGUUCGACCUGAAAAAUAUUUUUUUACAUAACAAGGUUAAUGAUUAUUAUAAUAAUAAUAAUAAUAAUGAUCAGAGCAGUAAGUAUACUUUGAGAAUAAAGAGUUGUGGCAAUAAUGUAAUGGCUGAUGAUGGAUAUAAGUGGAGGAAAUAUGGCCAGAAAUCAAUCAAGAAUAGCCCUAAUCCCAGAAGUUAUUACAGAUGCACAAACCCAAGAUGCAGUGCGAAGAAGCAAGUCGAAAGAUCCGUUGACGAUUCCGACACACUCAUCAUCACAUAUGAAGGCCUCCACCUCCAUUUUACUUACCCCUUUUUCUUCCUCAACAAUCAGCAGCAAAAUUACCCACCCGUAAAGAAACUAAAGGGCCCGCCCGUAUUCGAAUCCCAAAUCGAAAACGGGUUUGGAUCACCAUUUACACCAAAUCCGGAUCCAGUUCAAACAACGGGCCCACCCGCCGAGGAAGUGUUAACUGGCCAGCCGGCCGAACAAGGGCUUCUAGAAGAUAUGGUCCCGUUGAUGAUAAGAAAGCCCGCGUUGAUGAUGGAUUAUAGUUAUAAGUAUAACCCGGCCUCUUCGAAUAAUUCGUCGUCUAAUUCUGCUAAUAAUUCUCUCGACGAAUCGCUUCCUUCUUCCCCCGCUUCGUUCGAUUCGUUUCCUUGGUCUCCUACUUAUUUGGGAUAUUAGUUCAUUUCAAUUUCAUAUUAUAUGUUAUAUGUCAAUAUAUAUAGAAUAUUGUCGUACCUAGGUUAUAUAUACAUGUUACAUACUUGUAUCCCUAAUAAUUGUUGCAUAUAUAGUCAAAAAAUAAAAUAAUUGUUGCAUAUGUAAUAAGGUUAAGAAAUUCUUAUGUACUAAGGAAUAUUAUAAUAUAUCUAUUUCAUUUUAGUUUCAUAAAUUUUAGGUCUCGUCCGGCUGUCAGCCUGU